AUUUUUUCAAAAAUUUCCAAAAUCCUACCAGAGUUUUCCAUCCGCUAAGUUCCGGUUCAAAGUUGGCACAACAUGUCGUACGCAGAGGCGGUAUUUAACUUACUGCUCAUUGCGGCUUGCUGCUAUGCAAUGUACAGUUUAACGCCUGCCGACAAUCCUUACGGAUACAUUGCCGCAUCCUUUUGCUUUGUUCAUGGCACGUUGGGCAUACUCCGGGCCUUUGCAGAGGAGGCGGACGAAUGUUCGCGCGUCUUUAUAGUAUCGGCUAGCAUUAUCGCGGUCAUGCCCCUGCCUAUGGCAAAUAUCGAAUUCUAUUUGAAGUCCGAUCAGUCGGGUAUGGCAAUCGUUCAUAUGUUGUCAUUUAUACCGCUGCUGUACGACAUGCUCGGAAAGAUGUGCGAUGACUGGGACACCGCGACGGACACCUUGAAGGAUUUGGUGCUGAUUGGAAACGUACUAUCUGCCUCCUACUUGGCAGUCCAAGCAGGUAAUCCGCUAUAUGGCGGAAUUGCGGCGAUCGCCUUUUUGGGCCGAUAUGGUGCUGCGCUGAUCAAUCGAUUCGUGGACGGCUUAGGCCCCCACAUAACCACCUUGUCCGAUGCGGGCGUCAUCGCACUGAUGACCUAUGCCCUGACACAAGGUUAAGGCAAGAAAUGGACAAACUCUGAAAACAUUUGAACACGCAACACGAAUUUUUAAUAAAUUAAACCUGUCUCCAA